AUGUUCACCAAUUGCAGAGGUGUCACAGUUGAGGAAUCAAUUGUGGAGAACAUUUUCGAGAUCACGAAUGGACAUGCAGGACUCGUCAACAUGUGUGGAAGAGCACUGGAUGAAGUGCUUCUGAGGGAUGGUGAUUCCGUCACUCUUGCUCAAUGGCAGCGAUUUUGCAUCUAUGGACUUCCACAGCGCAUGCAUUCCUACAAAACAGUGGACAGGAUGGCAAAGUCUCUCUUGGUCGACGAUGAGACACAUGGCAAGCACCGCGAAGCACUUCGAAGGUUCAUAAUAUCUUACCCAGAGACACGACUUGCCGAAGGAGAGAGCACCAACUUUCUUCUCUCUGAAGGAUUCCUCGUUCCAGUAUACAAAGAGGACCCCAACAACUUUGAACAAUGUGCUCUUCAGUCCUCUCUUUUGAGGAGCUAUUGCCUGAAGAUCCUCCAUGGUCACUCUCAUCCUAAAGAGAGAUUUCCACUCACUGGCAACCUCAUUGACAUUCCCAAACUCCUUGGCAAUGAUGUUCUUCACUUGUUCUCUGCUGUUGGACGAGACAUCUCAACAAAGAUGUUCAAAGGAGCAGGAAAGGAUCUGAACGGUGUUGUGAUUCCUCACGACUCCCCAGUCCCAUCAGAAUCCUUUUAUCACUUUGAAUUCUUCUCAGUCAUCAAUGCAUGGAUUCGCUCAGACUAUCAAGCUAGGGAGACACUGCGCAUCGCAUCCUCAGUCUCUUCAGGGGCGAACAAGAAGGCUGAUAUGGUAAUCAAAUCAAAGGAUCGAUCAUAUGUCUUGGAGUUCGUGGCAAACACCAAUCAAAAGGACUUUGAGGAGCACUGCAAGAGGACUUCGACAUACCAAUCGUUCUUGGCUGCCAACCAAGCAUGGGUCAUUCACUUCACCCUGUCCGCUCACGACUACACUUUACCAACUGGGGAAUCAAAGGUUGGUGUCAUCACUGUCAGACACUCACCUUCGAUGGACAACUGGAUAAUGGAGGUGACGAGAGAUGCUCAAGAGUUGGUCCUGGACAAUGAUACACAAGCCGAGGACCAACCUAUGGAGCAAUGA